AGCAGCAAGAACAAGAGGAAACAGUAAGAGCAACAUUACAAGGAUUUGUUCUGUCAUUUUUUCCUUAUUGAAUUAAGAAACACGUGACAGCUGGUUUUGCCACUGGAUUCUUUUACGCAUCGAAGCGUUGUUAUCUUUUUUCUUUCAUGCUUUUAUUUUCAGUUUUACUUUGAGAGAGUUUACUUAGAUUAAGCACAAUGGUUGCUGGAAUGCUGAUGCCCCUAAGGGACUUAAGGGCCAUCUAUGAGGUCCUGUUUCGAGAUGGUGUCAUGGUGGCCAAGAAGGACAAGAGACCUCAGGCCAAGCACCCUGAGGUAGAUGGUGUAAGCAAUCUCCAAGUGAUCCGUGCCAUGGGGUCUCUUAAGUCAAGGGGGCAUGUGAAGGAGACAUUUGCAUGGAGGCAUUUCUACUGGUACCUGACCAAUGAGGGCAUUGUUUACCUCCGUGACUUCCUCCACCUGCCCCCUGAGAUUGUUCCCGCCUCCCUGCAGAGGAUUAGGAAGCCAGCUGCCACCCUUCAUGUCGCCCACCGGGCUGCACGGGUCCAAUCUGUGGAAGGUCCCACAUCUUAUGUUCCAAAGCCGGGUCGUAGGGGCGAAUUAGAGAGCCAGGAGGCUCUGGCUGAACGCCAAGGGUACCGCCACAAGAUGAUGGGUGCUGGAGAAAAAGAGGGCUACUCUGAUAGAACCCCAAGAUUCAGGGGUCGUCCUCAGGCUGCAGGCCCAGUCAGGCCAAGAGCAUCAUGGGAAGUAGAAGACCAGUCUCAGUCUUUGUACAGGAAAGGGAACAGCUUCCCCAGUGAGUCAGCAAUGAUGGAGGAGAGCAGGGUGCAGAGAGUCUCUCGUCAGCUGCCUGAUGCUGGCAAUGAGAGGCAAGUAACAAAAUCACAAGAAAGAAGAGUGUUUGAGGUCCAAAAGGAGAGGGCCCCGGUUUCUGCACAGGUUCAGAGGCAAAAUCUGAAACAGGAAGAGUCACAGACAUCAGUGUCCUCCAAAGCAGCCCUACCAUUAACGGUGACUGCUGCUGCUUUGGCUGCAGGUGCUGCAGCAUCAAAGAUCCCAGCAGAGCCGUCUUCACCCAAAACAAAUAAAGAGAAGCUUAAGAGCCCUGAUGAAAAAGCUUCCAUGAAGCAGAGUGAAAUGGUAACAUGCCACUCAGCUAUCACAACACUUCCUGGCACAGAGGUCAAAGAGGAGAAGACAAAAAAGGCAAUUGUGGCGGAUCCAAGUAAGUCUGCUGAGGUUAAGGCUUCAACUGAGAAGGCAACUGAAAAAAUAAAGCCCCAAACGGUUAUUACAACCACUGUUUCUCAGGAAACCUCUGAAGUUAUUACUAAAGCUGCCAGUGCCACCCCUGUUGGCAUCCCUGCAAAAGAGAAUAAGAAAUCGAUGGAAACUACACACGACCCAUUUAAGUCUGCAGAGGUCAAGGCUUCAACUAAGAAGGUGACUGAAAAAGUAAAGCCCCAAACAGUUAUUACAACCACUGUUUCUCAGGAAACCUCUGAAGUUAUUACUAAAGCUGCCAGUGCCACCCCUGUUGUUAAAAAAGAAGCCAAAGAGGAGACGACAACAGCUCUGAUUGCUGAUCUGGUCAAAACUUCAGUUCCAACUAAAAAGGAAAUCAACAAAUCAAAAGCCUCUUCUGUCAGAGAAAGCUCAAAGCCCCUUGUUGACAGUACUGUCAUCACUUCUGUCAUCACAGAACCUGUCAAUAAAGAUGCAAAAGAGAAUAAAAAAUCAACACACACUACAGUGGAUCAAGUUAAAUCUGCAGAGGUCAAGGCUACACCUGAGCCAGCAACUGAAAUGGUAAAACCUGAAGCAGUUAUAGCCACAGCUGCUUCUCCAGAAAUCUCCAAACCCCUUACUGACACUGCCAUCCCUGUCACAAAACCCUUCAGUAAAGACAUCAAGGAAGAGAUGGCAGCAGAGGUGACUGUGGAUUCAGCUAAAUCUGCUGCUGUUAAGGCUGAAAACCCUUCUGAUAAAGUGAAGGCCCAAGCAGAUAUCACUGCUACUUCUGCUGCUCAGGAAACCUCCAAACCCAUAAAUGGCACAGCCAGUGCCUCCCAGGUCAGCACAAAACCUGCCAACAAAGAGGUCAAGGAAGACAAAAAUCAGGGAGCAAAGGUUGAUGAGGGAUCAAAUAAACCAGCAGAGGUAAAGGCCCCAGUUGAGUCUAAAAUAAAGCCAAAGAAAAUUGGCAAAGAGACUAUGAAAUCCCACACCCAUGGUAGACCAAGUGAGCCAGUGAUCAAGACCUCUGAAGUGACUCAGGCGCCCACUCAGGUGGAUCUCUCAGAGAAGCACAAGAGGGAUGAGAUGCCCCCGAAAACUACUAAGGUGGUUGAAUCCUCAGUUCUUGAAGUGAAGACCACCGUUAUGACAACAACACUUUCAACUUCAGUGGCCAGCGCUGACGACGAAAAACCUGUCAAGUCUACAGUAACGCAGAUUAUUACAAAACAGGAGAAAGCUGAUCUGAAAGAAGUCCCUGAAGUGGAGAAAGAGGGACAAAAUGAGCAGAAAAGCGCAGAAUCAGAACAUAAGGACUCAUCUUCAGCCCCUGUCAGUCAAAAUGCUGCCAUAGAAACCAUGCAGUUGAAUGAAGGAAGCUCAAAAUCAAAAAGGAAGAAAAAGAAAUCCCAAGGAGAGUCACCUAAGGGUAUUAAUGACGAAGGACCACCUGAGUCAAAGUUAGAGAGGGAAAAUACUUGUAUUGACAAGCCCCCAGUGAAGGAGGUUGCAGAAAUGACCCUCAAAGCUACACCCCUGCCGACCUCAGAGCCAUUUAAAAUGAGUGCAAGUAAAAAGCCUGAGGGAGAAACACCUGUAGAGGCUAGUAAGACUCAGACUAACAAAGAUGUUGGUGUGGGAGAAAUAAAGGAAGUCCCUAAGCAAGGAGAGGAGAAGCCAAAAAUAGAUGCCCCGAAACAACCUGAGGACCAGGGUAUUUCUGAACAGACCCCUGCAGUGCCCAAAGAGCUCCCAGCUGAUGCAAAAGUGAAAGAAAAGACUGAUGAAAGCAGUGUUAAAAAAAUAACACAAGGACUGUUAUCGUCAGCGGACAAAUCAAACGUAAAAUUGGCCCGUGCGGAGCCCACAAAGUCAGAGGAAAUGACUGUCACUACAGUGGAAACAGUGAUUGUGCAGAAAAUAACUCAAGUGGAGCCUGCACAAGCCGGUCCUAAACCUGAUGAGAAAAUUCCUGCUACAGUCUCAGAGCCACAAAAACUCACAUCAGAGACUAAAUCCUCAAUAAGUGCGGGAAAAUCUGCAGAGGAGACUUCAAAGGGUAAGAAAAAAGGAAAAGGGAAAAAGCAGGCCCAGGCCUCAGCAAAAGAGGACAUAAAAGCAGAGUCUGUCCAUUUUCCUAACAGCGACACACUGCUAUCCACUGACAUUACAUCAUUGCCUGAGAACACUGUUAAAGAGAGCCCUGUCACGGCCCUUGAACUGACAGAGGAGAAUGUUUCCCCAAAGAUGACUCCUGAAAGAAUGUGCAGCGAGGAAACCAAGCAGGCUGCAGCUGUGCUCUCUGAGGCCCCGGCAGACAAAGGGGAGGUGGAGUCAGCUCUGCCUUUAGCAGAAAAAAUCAAGCGGGAGGUUCCGAAACCAAAAACAUCCUCGACUGCGAGGGAAGCACACGCACACGCCGGAGAGUUAGCGUCAGCAGCACCAGCGCUAACAGCAGAGGCAGCUGUAGCUAAGGCACAGGCCAGCCCCCUCGCCAAGCCAGAGGAGCCUCCCAGAGUUGCACAACAUUCAGCCAGUCAGGCAGCAGAGCGCAGCACAGAGAAAAACCUCUCUGUUUCUGAGGCCUUAAAGCAGGAGGAAGAGAAGAAGAAGGACUUGGAGGAGGACACACCCUCUGUCACUGCCACACCCGCCGCUGCCCAGCCUGACCAGCCUCACCAGGGGGACACCUGCGAGUCUGUAAGCUCUGACGCUGACGCCAUGAAGAGGAAAAUUGUUGUGGUUGAAGAGAUUGUGGAGGUGAAGCAGCUUGUGAGUCCUCAAGCAACAGGGGAGCAGUCACCUCCUCCACCUGUGCAACCUGAGGGGGAAGGUGAAGAACUGGACCUAGAUGUUCUGGAGGCCAUUGCCAUAGAGCGGGCACUGCUGUCUGAGGCUGCAGGGGUCAAAGUGCAUGGAGCCUCCCCUGAUCCAGACUGGGACCACUCACUGGAGGAGCCAGAGGAAAAGACGUGGCCUAACUUCAUUGAAGAUGAGCGAGAUCGAGUACAGAAGAAGACCUUCACAAAAUGGGUGAACAAGCACUUAAUAAAGCAUUAUAGUGCAGAGUCACAGCGUCACGUCACAGACCUGUAUGAAGACCUUCGAGAUGGACAUAACCUGAUCUCUCUGUUGGAGGUCCUCUCUGGAGAAACGCUGCCCAGAGAGAAAGGCCGCAUGCGAUUCCACAAACUGCAGAAUGUACAGAUAGCACUGGACUUCCUCAGACACCGACAGGUCAAACUGGUCAACAUCAGAAAUGAUGACAUAGCAGAUGGAAACCCCAAGCUCACUUUGGGGUUAAUAUGGACCAUCAUCCUCCACUUCCAGGUCUCCUCCUCAAUCUCAGAUAUUCAGAUCAAUGGUCAGUCAGAAGACAUGUCAGCCAAGGAGAAGCUUCUGCUCUGGUCUCAGAGGAUGACCGAUGGCUACCAGGGCAUCCGCUGUGACAACUUCAGCACCAGCUGGAGGGACGGCAAGCUCUUCAACGCCGUCAUUCACAAACACUACCCCAGACUCAUUGAUAUGGGCAAAGUGUACCGACAGACCAACCUGGAGAACCUGGAACAGGCCUUUGGUGUGGCAGAGAGAGACCUGGGAGUGACCCGCCUUCUGGACCCUGAGGAUGUUGAUGUUCCACACCCUGAUGAGAAGUCCAUCAUCACGUAUGUCUCCUCCUUGUAUGACGUCAUGCCGAGGGUGGAAGUACACGAUGGUGUCAGAACAAAUGAGCUGGAGCUGCGCUGGCAGGAAUACUACGAGCUGGUGACUCUUCUGCUCCAGUGGAUCCGCCACCAUGUCAUGAUCUUCGAGGAGAGGAAGUUCCCUGGCAGCUAUGAGGAGAUUGAGCUCCUUUGGCGCCAGUUCCUGAAGUUCAAAGAGAGCGAGCUCCCUGUAAAAGAGACCGACAAGAACCGCUCCAAACACAUCUACCAAUCCUUUGAGAGUGCCGUGCAUGCUGGUCAGGUGAAAGUCCCACCGGGCUACCAUCCUAUCGAUGUGGAGAAGGAAUGGGGCCGACUUCAUGUGGCCAUCUUGGAAAGAGAGCGGCUGCUGAGGAUAGAGUUUGAGAGACUUGAGAGACUCCAGAGGAUUGUCACUAAAGUUCAGAUGGAGUCCAGGACGAGUGAUGAAAAACUCAGCUACCUGGAGAACCUGCUGCAGACAGACAUCCGUCUGCUGAGUGCAGGGAAACCAGCUCAGCACACGGCUGAAAUAGAGAGAGAGCUGGACAAGGCAGACAACAGCAUCCGCAUGCUCUUCAAUGAUGUGCAAGUUCUCAAGGAUGGGCGCCACCCUCAGGCUGAUGAGAUGUACCGCAGAAUUUACCGCCUCCAUGAGCGCCUGGUGAACCUGCGCAGCGAUUACAACCUCCGUCUGAAGUCCACUGUGACUACGACCACUGUUAACCUGACACAGUCCACCCAGCAGACCAUUAAAGCGCGGCCUGAGUUGGAUGAUGUCACCCUUCGCUAUGCCAAAGACCUUCUGGCGUGGGUGGAGGAGAACCAGCACCGCAUCGAUGAAGCAGAGUGGGGCUCUGAUCUGCCCACUGUGGAGUCUCAGCUGGGCAGCCACAGAGGCCUGCACCAGACUGUGGAGGACUUCAGAUCUAAGAUCGAACGGGCCAGAGCUGAUGAGAGUCAGCUUUCACCUGCCAGCAGGGGUGCUUACAGAGAAUACCUGGGCAAACUGGACCUUCAGUAUGGCAAACUACUGAAUUCUUCAAAGUCUCGUCUGAGACAUUUGGAGUCACUUCACACCUUCGUCAGUGCCGCUACAAAGGAACUGAUGUGGUUAAAUGACAAAGAGGAGGAGGAGGUCAACUUCGACUGGAGUGACAGGAACACCAACAUGACUGCUAAAAAAGACAACUACUCGGGUCUCAUGCGAGAGCUGGAGCAGAGGGAGAAGAAAGUCAACGACAUCCAGGCCACAGGAGACAGACUUGUCAAAGACGGACAUCCUGGCAAGAAGACAGUUGAGGCCUUCACAGCUGCCCUGCAGACUCAGUGGAGCUGGAUCCUCCAGUUGUGCUGCUGCAUCGAGGCUCAUCUCAAAGAAAACACAGCCUACUACCAGUUCUUUGGUGAUGUAAAAGAGGCUCAGGAGAAGAUGAGGAAGAUGCAGGAGAACAUGAAAAAGAAGUACAGCUGUGAUCGCUCCACCACAGCCACCCGUCUGGAGGAUCUGCUGCAGGAUGCUGUGGAGGAGAAAGAACAGAUGAAUGAAUACAAGACCCUUGUGACUGGCCUGAACAAGAGAGCCAAAAACAUCAUUCAGCUGAAACCACGCAACCCCACCACCUCCAUCAAAGGAAAACUGCCUAUUCAGGCUGUCUGUGACUUCAAGCAACAGGAGAUCACCGUCCAUAAAGGAGACGAGUGUGCCCUCCUCAACAACUCUCAGCCCUUCAAAUGGAAAGUCCUGAACCGCUCUGGAAACGAGGCAGUGGUGCCGUCUGUCUGCUUCAUGGUUCCUCCAGUCAACAAGGAGGCUGUGGACAGUGUGAACAGCCUGGAAGCAGGUCAUCAGCAGAUGGUGACCCUGUGGCAGACGCUCCAUAUAGACAUGAAGAGCCUGCUGUCAUGGCAGUACCUGAUGAGAGACUUUGCACAGAUCCGUGCCUGGAACAUCACUUCAUUGAAAACCAUGAAACCUGAGGAGUACAGGCUGAUAAUUAGAAACCUUGAGCUCCACUACCAGGACUACAUGCGUGACAGUCAGGACUCGCAGCUCUUUGGACCUGACGACCGCAUGCAGGUGGAGGAGGACUACUCCAAGUCAACCCAGCAUUACGACAGCCUGCUUCGCUCCAUGGAGAAAGAACUAAUGGUUGUUAGGCUCAAAGGUCAACAGGAUGAGACUCUCUGUAAGAACUACAUCUCUGAGCUCAAAGACCUGCGCCUGCGCAUUGAGGACUGUGAGUCUCGGACUGUGGCUCGCAUACGCAGACCCAUAGAGAAGGAACCUCUGAAAGAGUGUCUCCAGAAGACCACAGAGCAGAAGAAAGUCCAGGUGGAGCUUGAUGGCCUCAAGAAGGACCUUAACAAGGUUUCUGUAAAGACUCAGGAGGUCUUGUCGGCCCCGCAGCAGUCUGCCUCUGCUCCCGUCCUGCGCUCCGAGCUUGAGGUCACAGUGCAGAAGAUGGAUCAUGCCCACAUGCUUUCCUCUGUUUAUCUGGACAAACUGAAGACUGUGGAAAUGGUGAUUCGUAACACGCAGGGUGCUGAGGGAGUUCUCAAGCAGUAUGAGGACUGUUUACGGGAGGUUCACACCGUACCCAGUGAUGUCAAGGAAGUGGAAAGCUACAGAGCUAAGCUCAAGAAAAUGCGAGCUGAGGCUGAAGGUGAGCAGCCGGUGUUCGACUCUCUGGAGGAGGAGCUGAAGAAAGCCUCUACAGUCAGUGACAAGAUGUCCCGUGUGCACAGCGAGCGUGACGCUGAGCUGGACCACUACCGCCAGCUCCAGUCUAGUCUCCAGGACCGCUGGAAGGCCGUGUUCUCACAGAUAGACCUUCGCCAGAGAGAGCUGGAGCAGCUCGGCCGUCAGCUCGGCUACUACCGCGAGAGCUACGAUUGGCUGAUUCGCUGGAUCGGUGACGCCAAGCAGAGGCAGGAGAAGAUCCAGGCUGUGCCCAUCACCGACAGCAAGACUCUGAAAGAGCAGCUGACCCAGGAGAAGAAACUGCUGGAGGAGAUUGAGAGCAACAAGGACAAAGUUGAUGAGUGUCAAAAAUAUGCCAAAGCAUACAUUGAUUCAAUCAAGGACUAUGAGCUCCAGCUGGUCGCCUACAAAGCCCAGGUGGAGCCUCUCGCUUCUCCACUGAAGAAAACCAAACUGGAUUCUGCUUCUGACAACAUCAUUCAGGAGUAUGUAACACUGAGGACCAGGUACAGUGAGCUGAUGACUCUGACUAGUCAGUACAUCAAGUUCAUCACUGACACACAGCGCCGCUUGGACGACGAGGAGAAAGCUGCAGAGAAACUCAAAGCAGAAGAGCAGAAAAAAAUGGCCAAGAUGCAGGCUGAGUUAGACAAACAAAAGCAGUUAGCUGAAGCUCACGCGAAGGCCAUUGCCAAAGCUGAGAAAGAGGCACAAGAGCUGAAACUCAAAAUGCAGGAGGAAGUUACCAAGCGAGAGUUUGCUGCUGUCGAUGCAGAAAAGCAAAAGCAAAACAUCCAGCUUGAACUCCACGAGCUCAAAAACCUGUCGGAGCAGCAAAUCAAGGACAAAAGCCAACAGGUGGAUGAAGCCCUCCAAAGCAGGGCCAAGAUCGAGGAGGAAAUCCGUAUCGUCAGGCUCCAACUUGAGACAACGGUCAAUCAAAAGUCCACCGCUGAAUCUGAGCUCAAACAACUUCGUGACAGAGCAGCUGAGGCUGAGAAACUGAGAAAGAUAGCCCAGGAGGAAGCAGAGAAGCUCCGCAAACAAGUCAAUGAGGAGACACAGAAAAAACGCAUGGCGGAGGAAGAGCUCAAGCGCAAAUCUGAGGCAGAGAAGGAAGCUGCUAGGCAGAAGCAGAAAGCUCUCGACGAGCUUGAGAACCUCAGGAUGCAGGCAGAGGAGGCUGAAAGGCAAGUCAAGCAAGCCGAAGUCGAAAAAGAAAGACAAAUCAUGGUUGCCCAAGAAGCAGCCCAGAAGAGUGCUGCAGCUCAGCUCAAGAGUAAACACCUUUCCUUUGUGGAAAAGACCUCAAAGCUGGAGGAAUCACUCAAACAGGAGCAUGGCACCGUCCUGCAGCUGCAACAAGAAGCAGAACGACUCAAGAAACAACAGGAGGAUGCAGAAAACGCCAGAGAGGAGGCAGAAAAAGAGCUUGAGAAAUGGAGGCAAAAAGCCAAUGAGGCCCUUCGUCUCAGACUCCAGGCUGAGGAAGAAGCUCACAAGAAGAGCCUCGCUCAAGAGGAGGCUGAAAAACAAAAGGAGGAGGCUGACCGUGAGGCUAAAAAGAGAGCCAAAGCUGAAGACUCAGCCUUGAAGCAAAAAGAGAUGGCUGAGAAAGAACUGGAGAGGCAAAGGAAGAUAGCUGAGAGCACAGCUCAGCAGAAGCUCACUGCAGAACAGGAGCUGAUCCGUCUUCGGGCAGAUUUCGACAAUGCAGAACAGCAGAGAUCGCUUCUUGAAGAUGAACUUUAUCGCUUAAAGAAUGAGGUUGUUGCAGCUCAACAAGACAGGAAACAGCUGGAGGAUGAACUGGCCAAAGUUAGGAGUGAAAUGGAUGUCCUUAUUCUGGCCAAGACCAAGGCAGAAAAGGAGACCAUGUCCAACACUGAGAAGAGCAAACAGCUUCUGGAAGCCGAAGCCACCAAGAUGAGGGACCUUGCUGAGGAGGCAGGCAAACUCAGAGCCAUCGCAGAGGAGGCAAAGCAUCAGAGACAAGUCGCAGAGGAGGAGGCAGCCCGUCAGAGAUCAGAGGCCGAAAGAAUCCUGAAGGAGAAGCUAUCUGCUAUCAGUGACGCCACUCGCUUAAAAACAGAGGCUGAAAUCGCCCUGAAAGAGAAGGAGGCAGAAAAUGAAAGACUGAGGCGCCAAGCUGAGGAUGAAGCCUACCAGAGGAAGGCUCUGGAAGACCAGGCCAACCAGCACAAGCAAGAGAUCGAAGAAAAGAUAGUCCAACUGAAGAAAUCAUCCGAGGCUGAAAUGGAGAGACAAAAGGCGAUAGUGGACGAUACACUCAAACAGAGGCGAGUCGUUGAAGAAGAAAUCAGAAUUCUGAAGCUUAACUUUGAAAAGGCGUCUUCUGGAAAGCUCGACCUGGAGCUAGAACUCAACAAACUCAAAAACAUCGCUGAGGAGACUCAACAGAGCAAACUCAGAGCAGAAGAGGAGGCAGAGAAACUUAGGAAGAUUGCUCUUGAGGAGGAGAACAGGAGGAGAGAAGCAGAGGAAAAGGUUAAAAAGAUUGCGGCUGCAGAGGAAGAGGCAGCAAGACAACGCAAAGCGGCCCAAGAAGAACUGGAGCGCCUGAAGAAGAAAGCGGAAGAAGCCAGGAAGCAGAAAGAAGAUGCCGACAAAGAGGCAGAAAAACAGAUUGUCUGUGCCCAGCAGGCAGCGCUGAAAUGCAGUGCAGCUGAGCAACAAGUCCAAAGUGUCCUCGCUCAACAGAAGGAGGACACCAUGAUGCAGAAGAAGCUCAAAGAAGAGUAUGAGAAAGCCAAGAAGCUCGCCAAAGAGGCAGAGGCUGCUAAGGAGAAGGCAGAGAGGGAAGCAGCUCUACUUCGCCAACAAGCAGAGGAAGCAGAACGACAAAAAGCAGCCGCUGAGCAAGAAGCAUCGAACCAAGCCAAAGCUCAGGAGGACGCAGAGAGGCUGAGGAAGGAGGCUGAAUUUGAAGCUGCUAAACGAGCACAAGCAGAAGCUGCAGCACUCAAGCAGAAGCAACAAGCUGAUGCUGAAAUGGCAAAACACAAAAAACUGGCAGAGCAAACCUUAAAACAAAAGUUCCAAGUGGAACAAGAGCUCACAAAGGUUAAACUGAAGCUGGAUGAGACGGAUAAGCAGAAAUCUGUCCUUGAUGACGAGCUGCAGCGCCUGAAGGAUGAAGUUGAUGAUGCUGUUAAACAAAGGGCCCAAGUGGAGGAGGAGCUGUUCAAAGUAAAGGUUCAAAUGGAGGAGCUACUCAAACUGAAAACCAAAAUGGAGGAGGAGAACCAACGCCUGAUCAAGAAAGACAAAGACAACACACAAAAGUUCCUUGCAAAGGAGGCUGACAGCAUGAAAAAGCUCGCCGAAGACGCAGCCAGACUCACCGUGGAGGCCCAAGAGGCUGCACGCCUGAGGCAGAUCGCAGAAGAUGACCUGAAUCAGCAACGAGCUCUUGCUGAUAAAAUGCUCAAAGAGAAGAUGCAAGCCAUCCAGGAGGCGUCUAAACUCAGAGCGGAGGCAGAGAUGCUCCAAAGACAGAAAGACCUGGCUCAGGAGCAUGCUCAAAAACUGCUGGAGGAUAAACAACUGAUGCAACAGCGUCUGGAGGAGGAAACUGAAGAAUACCAGAAGUCACUGGAAGCAGAGAGGAAAAGGCAACUGGAGAUCAUAGCAGAGGCCGAAAAACUCAAACUUCAAGUUUCUCAGCUCAGCGAAGCCCAGGCCAAAGCCGAAGAGGAAGCGAAAAAGUUCAAGAAACAAGCAGACUCCAUUGCCUCCCGUCUUCACGAGACCGAGAUAGCCACCAAAGAAAAAAUGACAGUGGUGGAAAAACUGGAAGUGGACAGACUAAAUUCCAGCAAAGAGGCUGACGAUUUACGCAAAGCUAUUGCAGACCUAGAAAAGGAGAAGGCUAGACUGAAAAAGGAUGCUGAAGAACUACAAAAUAAGUCUAAAGAGAUGGCUGAUGCACAGCAGAAACAAAUGGAACACGAGAAGGCAGUCCUGCAGCAGGAAUUCCUGUCAGAAAAGGAGAUGCUGUUGAAGAAGGAGAAACUCAUUGAAGAUGAGAAAAAGAGGUUGGAGAGCCAGUUUGAAGAGGAACUCAAAAAGGCCCAAGCUCUUAAAGAUGAACAGGAACGCCAGAAACAGCAGAUGGAAGAGGAGAAGAAGAAACUCCAGGCCACCAUGGAUGCAGCUCUCAACAAACAAAAAGAGGCUGAAAAGGAGAUGCUCAACAAGCAAAAAGAAAUGCAAGAACUGGAGAGGAAGAGGCUAGAGCAGGAGAAGAUCCUUGCAGAAGAGAACCAGAAAUUGCGUGAGCAGCUUCAUCAGCUUGAGGAAGCAAAGAAAGACCAAAACACCAACAUUCCAGACAAAGAGGUCAUCAAGGUCACAACAGUUACGACAACAAAGACUGUUUACAAUGGCCAGAAUGUAGGUGAUGUGGUAGAUGUAGCCGACAAAGCAGAUCCCCUGUCGUUUGACGGCAUCCGUGAGAAGGUACCUGCAAGUAGACUUCAUGACCUUGGUCUUCUACCCAAGAAAGACUUUGAGAAACUCAAAAAUGGCAAAACCACUGUUGAACAGCUCAGUGAGGCUGAAAAUCUUAAAAGAACUCUUAAAGGGAAAAACUGCAUUGCUGGUGUUUUGACACCAUCCAAACAAAAGAUGUCAAUCUACCAAGCAUCAAAAGAGAAGAAGAUCACUCCCGGUACAGCCUUGAUCCUACUUGAAGCACAGGCAGCCACUGGUUACAUCAUUGACCCAAUUAAGAAUCAGAAACAUACUGUUAAUGAGGCUGUUAAGGAAGGCGUGAUUGGCCCUGAGCUGCACAACAAAAUGCUUUUAGCUGAGAGGGCAGUUAUUGGCUACAAAGAUCCAUACACUGGUGGGAAGAUCUCUGUCUGUGAAGCGAUGAAGAAGGGUCUGAUUGAGCAUGAUCACGCUAUCAGAAUCCUUGAGGCACAGCUUGCUACUGGUGGCAUCAUCGACCCAAUCAACAGUCACCGUGUGCCCAAUGAGGUAGCCUACAAACAGGGCCAAUAUGAUACUGAAAUGAAUAAGAUUAUGGAGAAUCCUACAGAUGAUACAAAGGGAUACUUCGACCCAAGCACUCAGGAACCUUUGACUUAUUCUGAGCUGAUGAAGAGAUGCACAACUGACCCUGACACCAAUCUGCCUUUCCUGCCAAUUACUGACAAAGCUGCGCAGUGCUCAAGUAUGUACACAGAGGAGGAGACGAAGGAUGUGUUCAACAAAACUACUGUGUCUGUGCCAUUUGGAAGGUUUAAGGGAAAGACCGUCACCAUUUGGGAGAUCAUCAAUUCAGAGUACUUCACUGAAGACCAAAAGAGAGACCUCCUUCGUCAGUACAAGACAGGCAAAAUCACAAUCGAGAAAAUCAUAAAGAUUGUGAUUACUGUGGCAGAGGAAAAAGAGAAGAAGAAUGAAAUCACCUUUGAUGGUCUGAGGGCACCUGUCCCUGCUGCUGAGCUCCUAGAGUCCAAAAUCAUUGAUAAGGACCUGUACAACAAACUGCACAAGGGCAAUAAGACAGUCAAAGAGGUGUCAGAAAUGGAGCCUGUCAACAAAGCACUGAAGGGUACAAACGGCAUUGCUGGUGUUGUUAUUGACUCUUCCAAGGAGACAAUGUCCUUCUACCAAGCUAUGAAAAAAGACAUGAUGAGACCAGGACCUGCUUUGAAUAUGCUUGAAGCCCAAGCAGGAACGGGCUAUGUGAUCGACCCUGUCAAGAAUCAGAAGUACACUGUCGAUGAAGCUGUCAAAGCUGGUGUUGUUGGUCCUGAGCUUCAUGAGAAACUCCUGUCUGCAGAACGAGCUGUUACAGGCUACAAAGAUCCUUACACAGGAAAGACGGUCUCUCUGUUCCAGGCAAUGCAAAAAGAUCUCAUACCCAAAGACCAAGGAAUCAGGCUGCUUGAUGCCCAGACAACCACUGGUGGUAUCAUUGAUCCUGUAAAGAGUCUACGCAUCCCUCAUGAUGUGGCCUGCAAGAGAAAUUACUUUGAUGAUGAAAUGAAACAGCUUCUCAACAGUCCAACGGAAGAGACAAAAUGCUUUUAUGACCCAAACACAAAAGAGAAUGUCACAUACUCAGAGCUAUUCAAGAGAUGUGUCAAAGACAAGAAAACUGGGCUCCCACUUCUGCCCCUCUCUGAUGAAGCAGUCAGUGCAAAGGAAGAGCCAGCCUUCACUGAGGCCCAGACUAAAGAGGCAAUGACUCAGGCAACUCUUGAGCUGGAAUCUGGUCCAUUCAAGGGCAGGAAGAUGACCAUCUGGGAAAUCCUCAACUCUGAUUAUCUCACUGAGGAACAAAGGCUUGACCUGCUGAGACAGUUCAGAUCAGGGAAGAUUACAAUUGAAAAACUGAUCAAAAUCAUUAUCACAGUUGUGAAUGAGAAAGAGGCAAAGAAACAAGAACAGUCCAGCUUCAAGGGUCUCAGAUCCCCUGUCCCAGCUAGCUCUCUAUAUGACUCCAAAAUCAUUGACAAGCCAACCUAUGAUCUCCUUCAACAAGGCAAAACAACACCUAAGAAAGUCAGUGAGAAUCCCAGUGUCAAUAAAUACCUGCAAGGUUCUGAUAGCAUUGCUGGCAUCUUUGCUGAGCCCACAAAAGAGACAAUGAGCAUCUAUCAGGCUAUGAAGAAAAAGCUUCUCAGACACAACACAGGUCUUUCACUUCUGGAGGCCCAGGCUGCAACUGGCUUCAUGGUAGAUCCAGUGAAGAAUCAGUACUUGUCAGUAGAUGAGGCAGUGAAGUCAGGCCUUGUUGGACCAGAGUUGCAUGAAAAACUCCUCUCUGCAGAAAAGGCUGUCACUGGCUAUAAAGACCCGUUCACAGGCAACAAAAUCUCCCUGUAUGAAGCAAUGCAAAAAGAUCUCAUCUUGAAAGAACAUGCCUUGCCACUGUUAGAAGCACAGAUGGCUAGUGGAGGAAUCAUUGACCCUGCAAACAGCCACCGUGUCCCAACUGAUGUGGCAUAUCAGAAGAAGAUUUUCACCAAAGAAAUGGCCAAAACCCUGUCUGAACCAUCAGAUGAUAACAAGGCUUUCUCAGAUCCAGAGACCGAUGAGAACGUUACCUACAAGCAGCUUAAAGACAAGUGCCAAAGAGAUCCAGAGACAGGCCUGUGCAUCCUUCCACUCUCAAAGCCUCAGUCUCCAACUGUUGUGGAGAAGACCUAUCUCUACACAGAGGAACAAACACAGAGUGAUCUGGCCAGCACCCAGAUUGACAUUCCAAUUGAGGGCCUUGCUGACCAGUCAAUGAACCUCUGGGAUAUCAUGAACUCCAAUUUGCUGCCAGAGCAGGAGAGGCAGAAACUCAUGGAUGAGUAUCGCUCUGGUAAAAUCACUAAAGAGCGGAUGAUAAUCAUUAUUAUUGAGAUCAUGGAGCAGAGGGAGAUCAUCAAAAACGAAAGUCCACUGUCAUAUAAAACUAUAAGAAGAAGGAUAACUAUUGAGGAGCUCUACAAUGCACGAAUCAUUGACUUAGAGACAUACAAUCUCCUCAAGCAGGGCAAGAGGGACAUCCGUGACAUAAUGGAGAUGACCAGUGUGAAACAGUACCUCUAUGGCACAGGCUGUGUUGCUGGGAUCACAACUGACGCAAGCUCCAAGUUAAGUUUAUACCAAGCAAUGAAGCGAGGGUUCAUCAAACCAGAAAUUGCCCUCAGCCUCCUCGAAGCUCAAGCUGCUACAGGUUUCAUUGUUGAUCCAAUCAAAAAUGAAACGCUCACUGUUGAUGAAGCUGUCCGGAAGGGUGUUGUCGGACCUGAGAUCCAUGAUAAGCUCCUUUCAGCUGAGAGAGCAGUCACAGGAUACAAAGACCCAUACAGUGGCAAAAUCAUCUCUCUUUUCCAGGCAAUGAAAAAGGAUCUUGUUCCUGAGGAUUAUGCUCUGAAAAUGUUAGAGGCACAAACAUCAACUGGUGGUAUUAUCGAUCCUGAAUUCCAGUUCCACUUACCAGCAGAUGUUGCUAUGCAACGAGGAUAUAUCAAUAAGGACACCAAUGAGAAGCUGACUGAUGAGGUCAAGGGAUUUGUAGAUCCUGUCACUGAGGAGAAACUGUCCUAUGCAGAGCUGCUCAAAAGAUGCAAGCUUGAAGGGGGAUUGCGUCUGCUCUCCCUGGGAGACAAGAGGCUGAUGUUCAAGGGUCUGAGGAAGCAGAUCACAAUGGAGGAGCUGCUCCGCUCACAAAUCAUUGACCAGCAAACAGUCACUGAACUGAAUGAAGGCCUCGUUUCAGUGGAGGAAGUUAGCAACAGACUAUCAAGAUACCUUGAGGGCACAGGCUGCAUUGCUGGUGUAUUCUUAGAGAACUCAAAGGAACGCCUUUCAAUUUACCAGGCCAUGAAAAAGAACAUGAUCAGACCAGGCACAGCAUUUGAACUUCUCGAGGCCCAGGCAGCCACAGGAUAUGUCAUCGACCCAAUCAAAGACCUAAAACUCACUGUCAACGAAGCAGUGAAAAUGGGCAUUGUAGGCCCUGAAUUCAAAGACAAGCUCCUCUCUGCUGAGCGUGCAGUGACAGGAUACAGAGAUCCUUACUCAGGCAAAACAAUCUCCCUGUUCCAGGCCAUGAAAAAGGGGCUAAUCCUGAAAGACCAUGGUAUCAGACUCCUGGAAGCCCAGAUUGCCACUGGUGGUAUCAUUGACCCAGAGGAAAGUCAUCGUCUCCCAGUGGAAGUGGCCUACAAACGUGGCUUCUUUGAUGAGGAAAUGAAUGAGAUCCUGACAGAUCCAUCUGAUGACACCAAAGGUUUCUUUGAUCCCAACACAGAGGAAAAUCUAACUUACCUCCAGCUCAUGGAUAGGUGCAUCACUGAUCCCGACACGGGCCUGGUCCUCCUGCUAUUAAAGGAAAAGAAACGGGAAAGAAAGACCUCCUCUAAGACCUCUGUCCGUAAACGCAGAGUUGUCAUUGUAGACCCAGAGACAGGAAAAGAAAUGACUGUGUAUGAGGCCUACAGGAAAGGACUCAUUGAUCAUCAAACCUACCUGGAGCUUGCUGAGCAAGAGUGUGAAUGGGAAGAGAUCACUAUGACCUCCUCUGAUGGUACUGUCAAAUCAUUGAUUAUUGACAGGCGGUCAGGGAGACAGUACGAUGUGGAUGAUGCUCUUGCACGUGGCCUUAUUGACCAGAAUUCUCUUGAUCAGUACCGAUCUGGAAACCUGGCUAUCACUGAAUUUGCUGACAUGCUCUCUGGAAAUGUGGGAGGCUUCCGCUCACGCUCGUCCUCCUUUGGUUCCACCACUGGCUCCACCUACUCCUCUCCGAUGAGCCCCAUACCCUCCAUCAAACCACCGGCAAUCGUAUUCAAUGAUCCAACAGAGGUGACCUGUCCCAUAGCUGGAAUCUUGGACAUUGACACACUGGAGAAGGUGUCAAUCACUGAGGCCAUCCACAGAAACCUGGUAGACAACAUCUCAGGCCAAAGACUGUUGGAAGCCCAAGCCUGCACUGGAGGAAUAAUUGACCCCGCAACUGGGGAAAGAUUCCCAGUCGCUGAGGCCACAGAAAAAGGCCUUGUGGAUAAGAUCAUGGUUGAUCGUCUCAACCUGGCUCAGAAAGCAUUCAACGGGUUUGAAGAUCCUAAAACAAAACAGAAGAUGUCUGCAUCCCAAGCUCUUAAGAAAGGCUGGUUAUACUAUGAGGCUGGUCAACGUUUCCUUGAGGUCCAGUAUCUGACUGGUGGACUUAUUGAGCCUGAUGUUGAAAAUAGAGUGUCCCUAGAUGAGUCCAUAAGGAAGGGCACCAUUGACGCCCGAACCGCCCAGAAACUAAGAGACGUCACAUCCUAUUCUAAAUACCUUACAUGUCCCAAAACCAAACUAAAAAUCUCCUUCAAAGACGCCAUGGACAAAAGCAUGAUUGAGGAAGGAACCAGUCUAAGGCUUCUGGAGGCCUCUUCACAGUCUAGCAAAGGCGUCUACAGCCCCUACAACGCCAGCGGUCCUGGAUCUGCCUAUGGCUCUCGGACUGGCUCAAGGACUGGAUCCCGAACAGGCUCCAGGAGAGGCAGCAUUGACGCUGGCUCCGGCUUCAGCAUGAGUUUUUCAUCGUCCUCUUCAACUAGCUACAGCCGCAGAUUCUAGUUAGCUAGUUCCUUUUCUAACAACUAUUACUAAGACCCAACAAUAGUUACAUUAACAAAGAAAAUAUAAUUUAUUUAUUCUGCCCUAAAAUGGUCACAUAGAAUUACCUACCUUACUGAUUUUUUCAUAUAUAAAUGAUGUCUAAACUUGUGCCUCAUAUAUGGAGACAUAACAAGCAUUGCUAGGUAUAUAAGAUAUUAAUGUCUUUAGUACUGAUCACAAAGUUUAUAUUUUACAAAGCUAAGCAUGAAAUUUCUGCUAUUUUUUAAAGUGGCCUUAUAGUUAUCGUUUCACUCUCGUGAAAAGUUGUAUACUUGUGCCUUCUUAAACUAAUAUAUACUGUAUGUAUGUCAAACAGAAAUAUUUUUCCAGAAUUUUUCUUUAAAAUUCAAAAAUAUUUGUCUAUUUUUUAUUUUUGAUGACAAGUCCUGCAAAACGAGAUACUGUACGUUGAUAUAACACAGUAUUUUUAAUAGGUUCAAAAGUACUUAGAUGCCUUCAAAUUUCUGUUUUUAUGUGUAGAGUAUGGAGAUGUCUUGUUGGUUUUACGUUAAUGCCUCACUACCUAUCAUACCCAGUAAGAAUGCACAAGUCAGACACUACAAAAAGAGACACUACAGAAGAACAACACUGUAAUGAAGUACCAGAACUAAAAUAAUGUGGACUGUUCUGAAACUAGUUUCAUAUUUGUCAUUACUUUUUACAUUUUUGAGGAUUUUAUUUAGUGGACUUUUGCAUCCUUUUGAAUUCAUUAAGCCAUUGUUUCCCACACUCCAAGUCCUUGGAAUCUUUAUAUUCACCAUCUUUUAAGUGUUCCUUCUAAAUCCCAAGAUGAUGUCAGAAUUGAUCCUGAUCUACCAUACAGACCUGCCUCCUGUUAUUUUGGUUCUUCUGCCUCAGUCCCUCAGAAUCCAACAUUUGACACACACAGAUCCUCAGCUGGCUGGAGAGAACAAUCUACUCAGCUUGGAUGGUUUUGAGAGUCAUCCUCCACUCACACGGAUCUGCCAUGUCCUUUCUUCUAUUGUACAUCAUGUUUGAAGAAAACUGAGGCUGAGGCAACCUGACACCAUCUUGGGAUGCUUUUUAGGAACACUCUUCAUUCAUGGCAUUUUUCAUAUAUUUAUUAAAUGCUAACUGUGCUGUUGAUAUUCUCAUAUCCUUAAUUUUUAAAAGAACACUCCCAAAGCAUACGCACUUCUGUGUAUCAUGCCAUCAGUGAAUUGCAUUGGGAUUACAGUUGUAGUAAAACAGCAGGUCUCUAAAGUCCACUGAGUAUAUUUUUGUAUUUGCUCCGUAUAAAUUUAAUCCAACCAAAGUGCCAAUAAGAAACAUUUGGUAUAUUUGAUACAGAAGCACAUUGCAUGAAUGUAUGUAUCAUGUCAAUUUUUCAUUUCAGUUGAUAUUUUUGUCACAUAUUUCCUUUGCAUUUGAGCUUUAUUUGCUUAUUUUUUUCCACUGCGAGUAUUUCUGUUAUGUAUCUCUGUAAAUCUUUUUAUGUUGUUUUCAUCAUUUUUUUAUCUGCUAUGCAUGUUUUACAUUUUUAAAGGAUACUUGGGAAAUAUGUUAGUGUAAAAUAACACAGGAAACAGCAGAUGUCACUGUGCUGAUUUUUGUUUUCACAUCAUAGAAGUUCACAAACUAACUGGUUCGCUUUGCUUAUGAGGCAAAUUUUGCUUUGAAUGAUGUGGUGAGUGGAUUUUUGAUGUACUUUAUGAAAAUAACACUAUGUUGUAAAUAAAUAUGCUCUGAAGAGA